AUGAAUAAAAGUUCAUCAACUUCCUUCAGAAACAGCUAUGAAAUGCCAAGUGUCAGUGCUCUGGACAAUACUCUUUCAUUUGAGGAGAAUAUGAAAGAAAGGGCAAUAUAAAAUCUGAGAGAAAUCCCCUUGUAGCUAACAGAUACUCCCAAAAGAUGUGUGCUUAGGAACUCUCCAAUAAAAAAGAAUGAUCCCAUUACAUCAGCAGCUAAAAGAAAUGCAAGAAAAAAUGCAUAAAUCGAGAAUAUGAUGUGCGAGAGUCCUCCCAUCAAUUAAUACUAGCAAUAUGAUUCGAAUGUUUCAUAGACAAAGUAAUCUCCCUCAUAACCACAAAGGUAAAAUAACAGGUACUCCACAAACAAAUCAAAAAAUUAUGAUAGCAAUAAAAAAGGAGGCACUUCUUCUAAAUCACCCAAGAAAAGAACUGAUGCAUACAAUGAGUAUGUUGAUAAUGAAAACUAUGUGAAUCGAAAUAUGAUGCUGCUGACUCAGAGCGCAUUUAAUGUCAAUAGAGAUUUCGAUGAGUCUAAUCUAUAUAAUGGUAAAUUAAGCCAAAGUGCAGCCAACAAAUCAGAAAUUCAAAUGGUCUAAUCAUGUGCUUCAUUCUCCUAGAAAAGCAAUUAAACUUCAAAGCAAAGUUUAAGUAGAGAGAGAAGAGGCAGACAAAGCAGACUUAAAAAAGAUUCGGACUAGUCUACUAUGUACAAAAUUCAAAAUUUGAACAAUAGAGCAAUCUUAGGAAACAGUAUUAAUACCAUGAACUCUUGCAAUUUAAGAGAUGAAUCAGUUCUUAUGUCAAGCGACAAUUCAAUAAGGAAACAUAUUGAUCAUCAAAUUAAUCUCAGAAGGCUAUAACUUGUGGAAGCUUUCACUUAAAAGAUCGCUGCCAAAAAGAUUCAGAGGGUAUUCCGAACAUUUCUACUUUGGCAAAAGAUUAAACGUAGAACUGAGAUGAGUGUGGAAAGAAAACGAAGAGCUAAGUUAUAAAAAAUUCUUGCUGCCAAAAUUAUAGUCAAACAUGUUAAGAAUUGGCUAAGUUACAAGAAGGGAAAAUAAUUCAGAAGUUAUAUAAUCUCAAAAAUUGUAUUCAUCUAGAGAUGGUUUAAAUCUUAGAUGCUUAAAAUAAUGAUAGAAAAGAGAAUUAAUGCUAGAGCAUAAAUAUUUAGUCUAUUUUAAGGUUGGAAAACUCGCAAGAUAGUGAACUCUCUCGCUAAAGAGAUUUAAGAUUAUGUCAAUUGUGAUGAGGGCUAUCAAAAGAUGAGACUAAAAAAUCACUUCUUAGUGCUGUUUGAUAGUGUUAUUAAGAAUAAUCUUUGGCUUACAAAAAAUUUAUUCAGACUUCAAAGACUCUAAAACUUGCAGAGCUGUGUUAGUGCUAGAUCAGCAGCAAAAACACCUUAGAAGUAAAAGCCAAGUCAAUAGUAACUAAGCAAUAAUGUGAAAAGAGUAAAUAACAGCCAUGUUGUUGAUAUGAAAUCAAGAAGACCUGUCCCAACAAAGCGUGAUCCCAGAGAAAGUUCUAAAGAAUUUGAAAUUGCAUAAAGUCCCUUAAUCAAAUAGCAGAUGAUUAAGAAAACUGAAAGAGGCCAAAGAAACAAAAGUUCAAAUCUAGUAAACUAAAGUGCAACAGCAACUUAGGAAUCUAAAUUGACCAAGAUAACUCCUCAAUCUUAACUUGGGCAAAUUAGUUCAAAACCUUUGACAAAUCUUGAAGGUACGGCUAAAUUUAACGAUCUAGAUCAGAGCAUUAAUGAUACAACAACUGCCUCAAAUACAAUGACUAAGAAGUCAAGUAAUAAAAAUAUUCAACAAAGGAAUUCCAAUUAUGAUUCCUUUUCUAACAUUACUGCAGAUACUCCGACCAAUUUCUAAGGAAAUGCUUAGCUUCACAAGAAAUGUGAUUCGCAGCAACUCUCAAGCAAUAAUAUGACUUUGAUUAAAGGAUAGCACUUAAAGAAUAAAUACUCUCAAGCGUCUGGUAUGAAUAAAGAGUCAGCCAUAAGCACAAACUCAGCUAACACUCAAAGUGUAACACCCAGAAGUAAUAGCAUCUGUCCAAGCUCAUCUUAACAAAUAAUUAAGAACAAUGAUUUAUAAAAUGCUAAACUCAGCUAAAGGAAAUCAUCUAUGAUCUCCUAAAAUGCUACUUCAAAGAUUGAUUGCUGGAGGUAGAACAAUAACCUUAAUAAUUCAUCAUAAGUUAACUUAAGAGAUAAGUCUAUCCUCUUGAAUACUUCAGCCAUGGCCAGUAAUAAUUUAAACCAAGCAGACAACUCUGUUGAUGAAAGUUUGAUGCUGCUUUCUUUCAAUAAAUCACACACUUCAACUAUUGAUAAGAACGUAAUUAAACACAAUAAAUCUCUUAGUGUGAUAAAUAAGCAGAAGUCUAUAAGAAAUCCUUCAAGUUUAAAUAGCAGUUUCAUGAACUAGAUGGAUCAUUCAUUCAUGAUGAUCACUCAAGAUAAAACUUAAAAAACUGCUGAUAUUUCUCAUCAAGACUAGGAAAUACUUUAGUAUAAGAAAUGUCUGCAUGAUAUAGAAUCUAUCCUCGACACAAUCUAUGAAAAAGGUAUGCAAGCUAGAGUUGAUCAAAGAUAAGCAAUACCACUUGGCUAGAAAAUGAAAAUGGGCCAAAGAUUCAAUAAACUUGUGCAUGAACUCAAGGAGUAAUUCACUGUAGUCAGUUAAGUAGGGAGCAAGAAGUGA